GUGACAUCUCGACUUGUUUAUGCUACUACCAAGAAUCGUUUUAAUAUUUUAAUUACAAGAAAUUACAUUACAUAUUAAUUUUGCUACUAUAAUAUUGCUAUGAAUCUUCGACUAUUAGUUCCGAAUUUAUUAAUAUACUUGUUAUAUCAAAUUAGAAUGGCUGCAUCAAAGAAUCAGACAACACUGAUUUUUAUAAAUACCACAUUGAUCGACUUUACCACAACCGUUACUUCAACGAAACAUGAAUUGGUCUGGAAACGACGCAAGCAUCGUUAUCCUCCAAGAAAAGGUAGAAUUGUAGGCGGAGAAGAGGCCACACCCCAUGACUAUCCCUAUAUAGUAGCUAUGCAUAUUUAUGAUGCAAACACUGAUAUGUUCUUUUGCGGAGGAAGUUUGAUAACUCCGAUCUGGGUUCUUACAGCUGCGCAUUGUCCAUAUGGUGCUGAGUAUAUCAAAAUAUUCUUGGGCGCCCAUAAUUUAAAAACAGUGGAAUCUUCCAGGAUACAAAUUAUUUCAAAGAAAUGGUUCAUACAUGAAAAAUAUGACCCAAAAGGAAUGGACUACGAUGUAGCAUUAAUAAAACUACCUAACAAUGUUAAAUUAAAUAAGUACAUUAGCGUUAUACCCUUGGAGAAAAAUGAUAGAAACUAUACUCAUUUUCAAGGUAGAUGUGCAGGAUGGGGAAAAACUAACGCAGGUUCAAUAUCUCCAGUCUUAAGAUACGUUGACGCAACUGUAAUUUCUAAUAAGCAAUGCGCUACUUACGAAGAAUAUCAGAAAUAUAUAACCAAUCGUCAACUAUGUACUUCAGGAGAAGAUGCCGUCGGUUCUUGCGAAGGUGAUUCUGGAGGCCCUUUAGUAAUAAAUGGUAUAUUAGUAGCCCUCGUCUCAUUUGGUGUAGACGACUGCAUAGCUGAAUAUCCCUCUAUCUUUAUUAAAGUUGCGUCUUUUAUUGAUUGGAUAGAAAACCACGUAAAUUCAAAUAAAAAUAUGAGAACUGAAGAGUUAGAAAACUGUAAAGCAAUAAGUUUCCAUACAAAAUUUGUUUAUUACAUUAAAUUUACUUUUCUAAUUUAUUUAUCUAAAUAUUUAUAAUGAUUUAUUAAAAAAAAGUAUUGGGUGUUUUUCUUAUUAAAAAAUGCUCAUAAAGAUCUUAACCUGAA